AUGACGACACCGGUCCGACUGCCGUUGAUACUAUUGGCGCUGCAGCAGUACGCCCGCACAGUGUCUGCGGUCUCUGGGUCGGUGGACGAGUUCCAGUGCGCGUGCGGUUACAACGCGGCCGGCCACGUGCGGGUGGUGCGCGACACGCUGGCCGGCGGCGGUGACACGGAGGCAGCGGUGGCGGUCGACCUCGCCGCCGGUUACGGGCCGCUGGUGUCGCGGAUACUGUUCGUGGUCAGCAGCCGCCCGGAACCGACGGCCCGGUGGCUGUGGCUGUUCGAUUUGUACGCCAACGGGGCCAGCCAGCAACUGACGGCGGCCACCGACCGGCGGCGGCGCGGCGCCAGGUGGUUGGCCCGGGCCGUGAACUACGUCGGCCGCGAACUGGACCGGUAUCUGGCCAUCUGCGGGGCGCGGGGCGUGGGCGGUGGCGGGCCGCCGUGGCGCGAUCAGGCGUCGUUCGAGAAGUACGUGCUGGAGAACGUGACGGCCAUCGUACAGCGGUCCACGGACGGUGCCGCGCGCGUGGAGGACUUCGCGCCCCGUUGGUUGUACCUCAACCACGUGGCGGCCGACGACGAUGCGCUGCGGGCCCGUGGCGUGAUGCCUCCCGGCGCGGGAGUCGACUGGCGGUCGUCCGCCGACCGGCUGUCGUCCGUGUACCGCGCGGCCGUCCACAAAUGGGUGUUCGGCACCCGGGAACUGGUCGUGUACCAGAAGAAGUUCAUCGCCGCCGUGGUCGUCACCCUGAUGGGCCACGUGCUCGCGCACGUCGAACACUGUCGCACCCACCGGCUAUUGGCCGCGGCCCACCCGGAUGAAACCGUAGUGGCCCACUCGGACGUCUCCGUUGCUGCCGCAGCCACCACUGACGACAACGAGGACUACAAUUUGAACGGUGGUGUUGGGGGCCCGGUGGGAGAUUACGAGCUCACAUGGAUGUCGGUUGGGGCGCUGCUGGAAAAGUACAAGUCGUACUUGGCGCUGGGCCCGGAGAAGUAUUACCGGACGCUGGUCGAGGUGGCCGCCAACCCGGCGCGCGACGAUCGCGGUUUCCGGUUAGCGAGACGCGCCAUCGAGACGCACAUGGCCGACUUGGGCGCGGGCCUUUUCGGUCCAGCGGCCACCAACUGGACGGCCGUAGUGGACGAGACAGCCGUAAAAAAGCCACAAACGCUCAUCGAGCUGAUCGCGCUGGUCGACAACAACAUUAGCACCGCUGAGAGGUAUCUGAAGAAUGUCCAAGAUCUGUUGUCCAACGUCGAUUUCAAAAUAGUCGGCAAAUUUAUGAGGAGUACGCACAUUUGGCUGUCAUGA